GAUUUCAUGUUUUCGUUCAGGUUCAGAACCAAACCGUUCUUCACUUCACAAAUCGCUCCUUUCGGCGAUAGCAGUGGUCAAGGUCGACCCUGCUACUUAAAAAUAAUCUUGAAUUACUUUUAACAUCGUGGAAUAAAUCACAUCCAGCAAAAUGUCUAGUAGUUGGAACAAUAGCCGUGGUGGAAGCGGUGGUUCCAAAUUUGGCGGAGAAAGGAAGUUCGGGAGCAGCAACGGCUCAUCACGAUUCAGUAAUGGAGGAUCAAAGUUCGGCGGUAGCGGAGGCGGCGGUGGCAACAGAUUUGGUGGUUCUGGCGGCGGUUUUGGCGGCGGCGGUGGCAAGAAAGACUUCACUGGCGGUCAAAACAUGCGCCGGCCCAACUGGGAUACUAUGUCUCUGCAACCAUUCAACAAAGAUUUCUACAACCCACACCCAACAGUUCUAAACAGAUCACCCUAUGAGGUAGAGGAAUACAGAAGCAAAUUUGAGAUCACUGUAAGUGGGCUGGAUAUCCCAAACCCCAUUCAGAAUUUUGAUGAAGCCAAUUUCCCUGAUUAUGUCAAUCAAAGCAUAACCAACAUGGGAUACAAGGACCCAACACCUAUCCAAGCACAAGGCUGGCCUAUUGCUAUGUCUGGAAAGAACUUGGUAGGCAUUGCCCAGACUGGCUCAGGAAAAACUCUGGCUUACAUUUUACCUGCUAUUGUGCAUAUCAACAACCAGCCCCCUAUUAGGCGGGGUGAUGGUCCCAUUGCUUUGGUUCUUGCACCAACUCGUGAAUUAGCACAACAAAUCCAACAAGUUGCUUCUGACUUUGGUAACUCUGCCUAUGUCCGCAACACUUGUGUAUUUGGUGGUGCACCCAAGAGAGAGCAAGGCCGUGACUUAGAACGGGGAGUAGAAAUUGUAAUUGCUACUCCUGGUAGAUUGAUUGAUUUCUUAGAAAAGGGUACCACAAAUUUGCAGAGAUGCACAUAUUUGGUCCUAGAUGAAGCUGACCGUAUGUUGGACAUGGGUUUUGAACCCCAAAUUAGAAAAAUCAUUGAACAGAUUCGCCCUGAUAGACAAACUUUGAUGUGGUCAGCAACAUGGCCGAAGGAAGUAAGAAAAUUAGCUGAAGACUACCUGGGAGAUUACCUCCAAAUUAACAUUGGAUCUCUACAGUUAUCAGCUAACCACAACAUCUUACAAAUUGUAGAUGUUUGCCAGGAACAUGAAAAAGAAAACAAAUUAAAUGUACUUUUACAAGAAAUAGGACAGAGUCAAGAGCCUGGUGCCAAAACAAUUAUCUUUGUAGAAACUAAGAGGAAAGUAGAAAAUAUCACUAGGAAUAUAAGACGAUAUGGAUGGCCUGCAGUUUGUAUGCACGGUGACAAAACUCAACAGGAGAGAGAUGAAACACUAUAUCAAUUUAAGCAAGGCCGUGCCAGUAUACUUGUUGCAACUGAUGUUGCAGCCAGAGGACUUGAUGUUGAUGGAAUAAAAUACGUUAUUAACUUUGAUUAUCCUAACUCAUCUGAGGAUUACAUUCACCGGAUUGGCAGAACAGGACGUUCAAAAUCAAAAGGCACAUCUUACGCCUUCUUUACACCCUCCAACUCUCGUCAAGCCAAAGACCUGGUGUCAGUUCUACAAGAAGCUAAUCAGGUGGUGAACCCUCAACUCCAAACCAUGGCCGACCGCUGCGGCGGUGGCGGCGGAGGCUGGAACAGAAACAGAUACGGGGGUGGCCGCGGAGGCGGCGGUUCCUUCAAACGUGGAAGCAACUUCGGUAGGGGAAAUGGUGGCGGCAGCAACGGUGGUGCAGGCCACAAGAGAUUUAAUGACUAUUAAUUUUAAAGUACAAAGUAAUUAAUUAGUAGCAAUCCUCAUACGAGUACUUGUGUGGAAUUUAGUGUUAAGGCGUGUAGAAAUGCUGAUUGGUUGAUAUUGCAGUUUGUGGUUGCAUAACAGGCUAGAUUCGAGUUUAAUUGAAUAUUGUCUACUAGCAUCUUGAACAUCCCUGAAUGUACUAAGCAUAUUUUGUUUACACUGUGAUAUUUUUUUAAUCUGUGAUUCCGCAGAGGAUUAGCUAAUUUAUAGUGCUACUAAGACAGUACCUUACAGUAUUUGUCUUGUGGAGGACUUGCUCUCAACUAUUUAUUUAAUUUAAAUAAUUUUCAGGAAUAUCUCAAUAAGCAUGAGAUAAUAUUUCAUCACUUGUGCUCGUCAUUCCAUGCCCCUUCCCGAUAACAUGUAAUAAUAAAUAAUCAAUAAAUGUAAUUUUAAUUA